AUGGUCUCCUCGACAAUCAUCAGAGCCACUGUGGCCGCACUGGGACUGCCAUCUGCUUUGGCAGCUCGCAAGAACAUCAUAAUUGAUACCGAUAUUUUCAGUGAUUGCGAUGACACUGGCGCGUUGCUCCUCGCUGCAACUUCUAGCGACGUAAAUAUACUAGGUGUCAAUGUCAACUAUCCAUCGACCUACUCCGUCACUGCAACGUCGGCUAUCCUCGCUCAUUAUGGCCUGACCUCAGUUCCCAUCGGAGCCCGCCGGCCAUUGACCAACGAAAGCUUCCUCGACACCUUCUCGUACGAUUUAGGAGAGUACGGAAGCAAGAUCUCUUACCACUUCUCCGGGGGCUCUAUUCCGUUUGGGGCUGCAGAAGACGCUUGGGAUGCUGUUUCCCUCUACCGUAAACUUCUGGCCGAGGCAGAUGAACCCGUCACCAUUGUCUCGAUCGGCUUUUUCGAAAACCUUUCUGGUCUGCUCAACUCCACCGCUGAUGUGUAUUCCAACCUCACCGGACCCGCGCUCAUCGCGAGUAAAGUCUCUGAAUUGGUCGUAAUGGGAGGCGGGUACCCGUCGGGAAGAGAAUUUAACUUCUUUGGGGACAACCCGCUUCGCACGGCACAUGUAGUCAACAACUGGAAGGGCCGCAUGGUUUUCUGCGGCACGGAGCUGGGAAGCGUUGUGUUGUCGGGCAGCAAGCUCCUUGCCGAGGGUCCGGCAUCGGACCCAGUUCGCCAAGCGUACAUCUACUACAACUUCUACAGACCUCGCGAGUCGUGGGACCCCCUCACGGUUCUGUACGCAAUGCAGGGCCUCGGUGAGGUUUUUGAAUACGGGAACGAAAAUGGCCGCAACUUCGUCUAUGCCAAUGGUUCGAACGAGUGGAUUUUUGACAGAACUGUCACUAAUCAGUUCUGGCUGAAUCUCAAAGUGGACAAUGUCACUGCUGCCGCAGCCCUCGACAAGCUUUACCUUGAAGGAGCAUUGUCAGCCGUCAACAAAACAGCCACAUAA